GAUUGGGAGUGGCCCUUCCAGGGCCCAAUGGAGCUUCGCGUAGCCUGCUUGCCGUUGGAGAGCCGCCUCACGUGGAAAGGCAUUGUCCAACAGUCCAAGCCGGAUGUAGCACCACUCCGGCUCCAAGGAAGCUUCACCACAGGUGUUAUGAAGGCGCAGGGCUCAGCUCGGAUUACGCUUCCAGCAUGGACAACUAACUUGUAUCUGAAGGGCGGCGUUGAAGCAGAUGCUUGCUACGAUGCUUUGGAGAAGAUCUACGGCUGGAAGGUUAUGGCCCUGCCGCCCAAUGGGACCCGCAGAAACUGUGGCGCUGUCCGUUGGAGCAGUCCUGAAAUGGCGAACUCUCCUGAGCUCGAGGGGCUUGUGCUGGCCCCCCUGUGCAGCAGCUGCAUCAGCCACCAAGCGCUGACACUCUUCACUGAGGUCAAUGCAGGACAGUCUGGGGGUGCGGGGCUUUUACCUCGCAUUAAGGAGCUGCGUGCCGAGCCGUCUGUUCCAGAGAAGGAGCUGAAGCGGGCACUGCGUCUAGUGGAGGCUGGUCCGGCGCCUUGUGUUGACACAGAGGAAGAGGAGGCAGCUGCGCGGACGGCACGCUCCGAAGCGCAAGCGGCCGGGCACACUUUUUUGCGCGUCGACACGCCCAGCGUGUUCUACCGAGAGGUGAGUAUGGAGGCUUCACGGCUACGCGAGGGCACCGAGAAGGUCUUCGCAACGCUGGAGUGUGCCAUUACCAGGUGGGGUUCCAGGCGUGCUGUGACGAUCGAAAUCUCAGCAACUGGGGAGCUAAAGGACUAUUGGACGGUCAUUCUGACUGCU